CGAGUGCGCGGUGGUGCUGGAGACCCGUAGCCCGUCUGCAGCCGACGAUCCUCCGCACGGUGCGCCCAGAGGAGCAGCCAUGCGAGAGUGCAUCUCCAUCCACGUGGGCCAGGCCGGGGUGCAGAUGGGCAACGCCUGCUGGGAGCUCUACUGCCUGGAGCACAGCAUCCAGCCCAAUGGCACCAUGCCCAGCGACAAGGCCCUGGGGAGUGGCGAUGACUCCUUCAACACCUUUUUCAGUGAGACGGGGGCCGGCAGGCGUGUGCCCCGGGCUGUCUUUGUGGACCUGGAGCCUGCUGUCAUAGAUAGGGUAAGAACUGGCCUUUAUAGGCAGCUCUUCCACCCUGAGCAGCUGAUAUCUGGCAAGGAGGAUGCUGCCAACAACUACGCCCGCGGCCACUACACCGUGGGCAAGGAGCUCAUCGACCUGGUGCUGGAGCGGAUCCGCAAACUGACGGACCAGUGCACCGGGCUGCAGGGCUUUCUGAUCUUCCACAGUUUUGGGGGCGGCACCGGCUCGGGCUUCACCUCCCUGCUGAUGGAGCGGCUCUCUGUUGACUACGGCAAGAAGUCCAAGCUGGAGUUUGCCAUCUACCCAGCCCCCCAGGUGUCCACAGCGGUGGUGGAGCCCUACAACUCCAUCCUGACCACCCACACCACCCUGGAGCACUCGGACUGCGCCUUCAUGGUGGACAACGAGGCCAUCUACGACAUCUGCCGCCGCAACCUGGACAUCGAGCGCCCCACCUACACCAACCUCAACCGGCUCAUCGGCCAGAUCGUGUCCUCCAUCACCGCCUCGCUGCGUUUCGACGGCGCCCUCAACGUGGACCUCACGGAGUUCCAGACGAAUCUGGUGCCCUACCCCCGCAUCCACUUCCCGCUGGUGACCUACGCGCCCAUCAUCUCGGCGGAGAAGGCCUACCACGAGCAGCUCUCGGUGGCCGAGAUCACCAACGCCUGCUUCGAGCCUUCCAACCAGAUGGUCAAGUGCGACCCUCGCCACGGCAAGUACAUGGCCUGCUGCAUGCUCUACCGAGGGGAAGUGGUGCCCAAGGACGUGAACGCCGCCAUCGCCACCAUCAAGACCAAGCGCAGCAUCCAGUUUGUGGACUGGUGCCCCACAGGGUUCAAGGUUGGCAUCAACUACCAGCCCCCCACCGUGGUGCCCGGGGGCGACCUGGCCAAGGUGCAGCGGGCAGUCUGCAUGCUGAGCAACACCACGGCCAUCGCCGAGGCCUGGGCCCGCCUCGACCACAAGUUCGACCUGAUGUACGCCAAGCGGGCGUUUGUGCACUGGUACGUGGGCGAGGGCAUGGAGGAAGGGGAGUUCUCCGAGGCCCGCGAGGACCUGGCCGCCCUGGAGAAGGAUUAUGAAGAAGUGGGCGCGGAGUCUAUGGACGGAGAGGAUGAGAAUGAGGAGUUCUAGGGGGUCCCGGCACCCGCAGCGCCUGGCCUCUGGUUCCUCCCCGAUUCUGUAACUCGUCCCACUGUUUCCCCACCCCUACAAAUACAGCCCAUGUCUCAAGCAACGGAACUCUGCGGUGUGGGAUUCCGCCCGGGCGGUGGGCCUUCUCCAACCUCCCUGACGUGCUCUGUUGCCUUCCAAGUUAAGAGGCAGGAUGGCCUCUGCCUCUGGGGACUCCAGCCAGGGAGCUUCUAGUGGCGGCCGGGCACUGCCAUCCUUCCCUGUGAGCAGGCCACCCUGGCAGUCACCGGCUCAGCACCUGGGCUGUCAUGCUCUGAGUUCACGUGGGUCCCUGUGCGUUCCCCGCGUCCCCAGCCUACCUCUAGGAAGGUAAUGCCUUCUAGAGGUUCCGAUGGAAGCUGCUGAAAGUUUAUCUGCCCCUAGCAUCCUGAGACAGGACCGCUCAGGUUCCACACCUGCGAGGAAGGGAGCAUCUUGACCUCCCCUCCACCUCGUGGCCAACAGAGGGCAGUAGAGGUUGAAGUCCCAGGCCAGUCUGCAGCAGCCAUCUUAGAUUUAGGGCUCUACCCUGACACCUUUUAGAGGGGCAUGGGGUCCGAGAAGCAGGAUUCCUAAAAAAAAAAAAAACUUCAGAUAUCUUUAGUCUGGAGCUAAACUAGUUAUUAGUGUUUAAUUAAUCUAGAAAUCGGUUCCCAGCGUCUGGGACCCUUGCCCGAUGGAUCCCUGGGAGGAGUUUGCUGAGAGGGUGGCAGCCCGGAGCAUCGUGCCCAGGCCCUCGGACUCUGACCCCUGCCCUGGAGCUGCGUGUGUCUCGUGAUAGCCGUGGCCCUGUGUGGCUGUCAGUCCCGGGCUCUGGGUCGCGUUCUGUUUUCCCGUCUUGCUCUGGCUUUGCAAUUCUGAGCAUAUAGGUCUGGCGGUCUCCGGCUUGGCUUUUCCCGCCUUUUCUCUCGAUCUUCCCUCCCCCGAGAAGACAAGGCCCUCAGCCCGUUUCAUUCACUUGUCCUAAAUCCCUUCCUUCCGUUUUAAGCAACACAAGUCUCCCUUGCUGUAGCUGCUGACUGUCUACUUCAGAAUCUCUCUCCAAAGCUGGUCCUGGGAGACUCCUAACCUCCCGGUUCCUCUAGUACUCAAAGGGCUGGGGCUAGAGGAAGAAUUAAGGUAUAGGAGGGAAGGAAAGAGGUGAGAAAAACUUGCCUUAUCAAAAUGCCUGGUGGUCCGUGUGGAUGUGGUUGUGUGCAGCGAGUGCCCAGCCUGCUCCGCCAGCGUCUGCACCCGGAAACCUGUGAGCCGAUGUUUUCUCUUCUUUCCUCCUCUUCCCUGCCUUUUCCCUCCCUGGACAUGUGCAUUUGUACAUAUUAGCAGUUCUCCCUGUGUUCGUUCAAACCAGUAUGUAGAGAGACUACCCUUAUCCCCACAGGUGCCCCAGGUGACGGGAAGGAGAAUGUCCAGUGAGGGCUGAGCCUCUCCUGAGAUUAGAUUCUAGAUAGAGUGAGUCACUCACGAGUGGGCGGAGCAAGCCAGAUAAUUUAUUUGGAUAACCCGGCAGCUGCCAUACCUCCUCGUCCCCCGGUUGAAUACAAUGUAAGCCAUGUUCUCUUCUCCAACUUCCCUUUUUGCAUUUUUGAAAUAAACGAGAAGGAUUUUUGUUAGAUCUGUUCCUUCCUUUAGCUCUCACCAACCUCCAAGUUCCAGACAGGGCCACAUCCCUGGGAGAGCCUUGUCUGAGUUGCUUUCAAACUAAAGCCACUGGCAGUGUGAGGAUGGAGAAGAGAAAUUCUUGCCUUGGAAGCUGUGAUCUGAAACUUAGAGACAUUUGGAAUCUUAACAAGUACAUACAGUUGACCCUUGAACAAAACAGAGGCUAGGGCCACCAACCCCUCAUGUAAUUGAAAAUCCUUGUGUGACUUUUGGCCAGGUGAGGUGGCUCCUGCCUAUAAUCCUAGCACUUUAGGGGAAGCCCAGGAGGGGACUGCUU